UCACUGUUCUCUCUCUCUCUCUCUCUCUCUCUCUGCAACUCAUUCAGUUGUUUGAUCUGAAGCUUGUUAAUGGCGUCUUUGUUGUCCUCGUAUUUUUCUUUUUGACAGCCGGAUACACAAAUCUAUGCUUUGAGCUAACUAGUUUUAGUCUCCAUUACUGAAGCAAUUAAAGCUCGGUGAGUCGAAGCCUCAAUGGCGUAUUCGUUUCCAGAAGAGGUCUUGGAGCAUGUUUUCUCGUUCAUUCACUCCGAUAAGGACAGGAACGCCGUUUCCCUGGUGUGCAAGUCUUGGUACGAGAUUGAAAGGUGGUGCCGGCGCCGGAUCUUCGUUGGGAACUGCUACGCAGUGAGCCCUAGGAUUGUGAUCAGGCGGUUUCCGGAGGUCCGAUCUGUGUCGCUCAAGGGGAAACCGCAUUUUGCUGAUUUCAAUCUCGUGCCGGAGGGGUGGGGAGGGUAUGUGUACCCCUGGAUCUCGGCCAUGGCCGAAGCUUACCCGUGGUUAGAGGAGCUGAGAUUGAAGCGUAUGGUGGUGACCGACGAGGCGUUGGAACUGAUCUCGCGUUCGUUUAAGAAUUUCAGUGCUUUGGUCCUCUCGUCUUGUGAGGGUUUCACUACCGAUGGACUCGCUGCCAUUGCUGCCAAUUGCAGGAAUCUGAAAGAACUUGACUUGCGGGAAUGCGAUGUGGAUGAUCGGAGCGGCAAUUGGCUCAGCCAUUUCCCUGAGUCAUGUACAUCACUGGUCUCUCUCAGCUUUUCAUGUCUGGAAGGGGAGGUGAGCUUCUCUGCCCUGGAGCGCUUGGUGAGCAGGUGCACCAACCUGAGGGCCCUCCGGCUCAACCAUUCUGUGCCCCUUGACAAGCUUCCUAACCUCCUUCGCCGGGCCCCUCAGCUUGUCGAUCUGGGCAUGGGUGCUUACACGGCAGAGCUCCGCCCUGAGCUCUACUCCAGGCUUGGAAAUGCCUUUGCAGGUUGCAAGGGUCUCAAAAGCCUAUCUGGGUUCUGGGACGUGGUUCCCUCAUACCUUCCAGCUACCUACUCUGUAUGUGCUGGAAUUACAUUUUUGAACUUGAGUUAUGCCACCAUUCAAAGCCCUGAUCUUAUCAAACUCAUCAGACAGUGCCGGAAUCUUCAACGGUUGUGGGUACUGGAUUACAUUGAAGACAGUGGACUCAAUGCCCUUGCGGCAUCUUGCAAGGAUCUUGAGGAACUGAGGGUGUUCCCAUCAGACCCAUUUGGCCAGGAAGCUAAUGUGUCCUUGACGGAGCAGGGUCUUGUCUCUGUUUCUGAGGGCUGCCCCAAGCUUCAAUCAGUUCUUUAUUUCUGCCGACAGAUGACAAAUGCUGCUCUUUUUACCAUUGCAAGGAACCGUCCCAACAUGACCCGCUUCCGUCUCUGCAUCAUUGAGCCCCGGACACCGGAUUACCUUACACUGCAACCACUAGAUGCUGGUUUUGGUGCCAUUGUCGAGCACUGCAAGGAUCUCCGGCGCCUUUCGCUCUCUGGUCUCCUCACAGACCUCGUGUUCGAGUACAUUGGGACCCAUGCACAAAAGCUGGAGAUGCUAUCAGUGGCCUUUGCUGGGGAGAGUGACUUGGGCCUUCAUCACGUGUUGUCUGGGUGCAAGAGCCUUCGGAAGUUGGAGAUCCGAGACUGCCCGUUUGGUGACAAAGCCCUCUUUGUAAAUGCAUCAAAGCUGGAGACAAUGCGAUCCCUUUGGAUGUCUUCAUGCUCAGUGAGUUUUGGAGCAUGUAAGCUUCUUGGUCAGAAGAUGCCUAGGCUCAACGUUGAGGUUAUUGAUGAAAGGGCCCCCCCAGACUUGAGGCCAGAAAGUGAGCCCAUAGAGAGGCUUUAUGUUUACAGGACAAUCGCAGGGCCUAGACUCGACAUGCCUGGCUUUGUUUGGACUAUGGGUGAUGAGAAAUCUGCAACCGAAUUUUCCUAAACUCCACCUGGGGUCAAAGCUUUGUAAUGUAAGCCUUUAAGUUAACGCUUCUGUGUGGAAGGUUGCAGGUAUUGACUCUGUUUUACUUGUCAUGGUGUCAUAGUUUGAUCUUAUAAGGCCUAAGAUAACUGCAGUGAUGCCAGGCUUAUAUGAAGAGACCUCGGAGCUCAAUGGCCAAUUUGUUUUAUUGCUUGGCUGAGCAGAAGAGAUUGAGGAAGCAUAGACAAUGAGGGGAUAAUAAGUUAUGGUAGUUGGGUUUGUUAUAAAAUCUUAUGCAGCAGCAUAAUCUUGUAUACGUGCGAACAUUCACAAAGUGAUGAUGAUGCAUUUGUAUCAGUUGUUCUGUGGAGAGGAGAUUUUCAAUUAUGAUGUUUAUUUGACUCAAGAACUUUGUCUUUGGAGAUCAAAAAGCACGAAUUGCAGUUUUCAUUUUUUUAA